CAACGAAUACCCACUUGAAAAGGCCGAAAGGCUCCGCAAACGCAAAUGCCGACCCGCCUGACCGCCUUCCUUCUCGCCGGCGUAGCCGCAUGACACCCGCCGCCGGCCGGCCAUUCCCUACGGUCGCCGCCCUCCUCUGCCGCUGCCGCUCCUUCCGCUGCAUCCCGCAGGUCUUCCAAUCCCGCAUCUUCCGCCUCGGCCUCCACAACCACCAAGCCCUCCUCGGCCGCUUCGCCGCCACCUACAAUGCCCUCGCGUCCCCCUCCCCCAUCGCCGCCGCCGCCGCCAGCAGACCGUCCCCCGCGGUCGCCACCCUCCUCGGCCGCUGCCGCACAACUCGCUGCCUCGCGCAGCUCCACGCCCGCAUCAUCCGCCUUGGCCUCCACAACCACCACGCCCUCGUCGCCCGCUUCGCCGCUGCCUGUGACGCCCUCGGGUGCCCCACCGUCGCCGCCUCGUUCGUCGCCGCGAUUCCCGACUCCCCGCUCCGCCUCCGCAACGCCGUGCUCGCGUCCCUCGCUCGCCACGCCCUGCUCCACGCUGCGCUCGCGGAGUUCAACCUCCUCCAACGAGGCGCGCGGCCGGACUCCUUCUCAUUCCCUUGCCUCCUCCGCGCGUGCGCCCGCGUAUCCUGCCUACCCGCCGGACGCGCCCUGCACGCCGCCGCCAUCCGCCUCGGCGUCCACGCCGACCUCUUCGUCUGCACAGCGCUCAUCCAGUUCUACGGGAGGUGCGGUGCGGCUGGCCCAGCCCGGGCUCUAUUUGAUCAAAUCGACAUCCCCAGUGAGGUUUCCUGGACCUCCAUUAUUGUGGCUUAUGUCAACAAUGGUGACAUCGUGGCUGCUAGAGAGCUGUUUGAUAGAAUGCCCCACCGGAACGUGGUGCACUGGAAUGUGAUGGUUGAUGGGUAUGUGAAGUGUGAGGACUUGGAGGGCGCAAGGAGGCUGUUUGAUGAAAUGCCUGAGAGAACUGCCACAGCAUGCACAUCUUUGAUUGGCGGGUAUGCAAAGGCAGGGAACUUGAAAGUUGCUAGAUCAUUGUUUGAUAAGUUAGAGGACCGGGAUGUGUUCUCAUGGUCAGCGAUGAUAUCAGGUUAUGCGCAGAAUGGUUACCCUGGAGAGGCUUUGAGGAUAUUUUAUAAGUUCCAAGAGCAAGGCAUACACCCAGACGAGCUUAUUGUUGUUGGCCUGAUGUCAGCAUGCUCCCAAUUAGGUAACAUCAGGUUGGCAUGCUGGAUUGAAGAUUACAUUGCAAAAUACUCGAUAGAUAUUAGCAAUGUCCAUGUGUUGGCUGGUCUUGUGGACAUGAAUGCUAAGUGUGGGAACUUGGAGAGGGCUACUGUUCUGUUUGAGUCAAUGCCAGUUCGAGAUGUGUUUUCAUAUUGUUCACUGAUGCAAGGUCAUUGUCUCCAUGGUUCAGCUAAUAACGCUGUUGAACUUUUCUCCCAGAUGCUUUUGGAGGGCCUUUCCCCUGAUAAUGCUGUGUUUACAGUUGUUUUAACAGCUUGCAGUCAUACUGGUCUAGUAGAAGAAGGAAAGAAGUUCUUUGAUAUGAUGAAGAAUGUGUACUUGAUUGUGCCAUCUGGUGAGCAUUAUGCUUGCCUUGUCAGUCUUCUUGGACGUUGUGGGAGACUAAAAGAGGCAUAUGAGCUUAUAAUGUCGAUGCCUGGGAAACCUCAUCCUGGAGCAUGGGGUGCACUGCUGGGUGGAUGCAAGCUUCACGGUAACAUUGAGCUUGGAAAAAUCGCAGCAAAGAAGCUUUUUGAAAUUGAACCGUAUAAUGCUGGAAAUUAUGUCUCCCUUUCAAAUAUGUAUGCAAACAUUGACAGGUGGGGAGAUGUUUCAGUAAUUAGGAAUGAGAUGACUGAAAAGAGGAUAACAAAAAUUGCAGGUCGUACUAUUGUUUUGCAGUGAGGCAGUGUCAACCAGAAUGUUAUAUUUAUUUUGUCUCAUGUUACUGGCCCCAUUGGAAACCUGAGUAGGCUGUGAAGGAAGAAAGGAGACCUCAUGACGGUUAUGAAAUGAAUGGAAAACAAGAUAUCAUUACUCAAGUUAAGAUGCAUAUGGUGGAAGUUCAGCAUAUGUUGACAUAGGCAACAUGCUGAUCAGCAGGCUGUUAUGUUAAUAAUAGGCUGGAGGCUAUCUGAACUGAAUUAAGACACUUCAAUUUGCUUGGUGUUCCCACAAUUUUAUGCCAAUGAAAAAUUGUCAGAACCGGGAGGAUGCUUUGGUUGCUGGUGAGACCAUCCACUGCUGCCAUUGCUGAUGAAAUGAUUUCCUGGCAUAUUGGUAUUUGAGAAGUCAAAAUUCUAUCAAGUUAUUUUACCUCUACUUGGCCUUCUGUAAGAACUUUUUUAUAGCGAGCUGUUGACAACAAUCUUCUCAAGGUAAGGUACUUUCAAUGAUCAGGAUGCCAUUGUACAAAUAUGGUUCUGAUGAAGACACGAAGUUUUUACAUCUGUUAUGAAGACCCAGGGUCCCCAACAGGACUGUCUUCCCACAACACUUGGCCCAACGAAAGGCGCAACAACAAUGCGUACCUGGGCUGGCCCAGCUAUGUGAAGCCAGGCCGAGACCACAAUCCGGACACCAGCCGGCUCCUCCGACCAGGAAGCUUGGUCGGCGCCCCGACCAGAAGGAGCCAGUCGGGGGUGGGGCCACAGUCCAACCCCGACUGAGUUCUCCCGACUGGAUCCUCCCAACCAAGUCCUCCCGAAUGGGGAUGCACCGUACCGCUCCCCCCGACCGACUCGGUCGGGGCCGACUGGGACAACCGAUCGGGGACGCCCGCUCGGUGUGGGCCCAGGGAGCAGGUGGGAUGAAUAACGAGGAAGCGCCUGGGUUAGCCGGCUGUAUGCGAACCGUACCGCGCCAAGCACUACACACGCCUUGCACAGUGCUGCCGUAAACCUACUCGCUACGACGGAGUGGCCUGACGAGGAGAACAGGGACCAAGGAUGGAGGCGAUACCGUACCCGACGACGUGGGCCCCAACAAGACUAGGCAGCGCCCGUACACUCACUCUCUUAUCCUUUCCGACCUGUAAGGCCGUUCCCUUGUACUAUAAAAGGGGACGGACCCUCCACCUCUACGACUUACGCCCUCUUACGUUCUUACACUCCUACGCUUUCAUACUCUCACACACUUAGCGCACGUCUGAGCUCCUGCCACUCUCUUCCACUGAGACGAGAACAAGGCCAAGACUCAAGCACCCCCUCUCAUCCUCCUCUCGUUUGUACCCCCAUUGCAAACUUUGAGCAUCUGGGCUUAGAAAUAAAGUCGACCAACUGACCCCGACUGGACGUAGGGCGCGUUGGUCGAAUCAGUAUACAUCCUGUGUCAUUGUGUGCUAGGCCAUAUCCGAUCUAAUGCACGGCAAAACUACAAAUACUUGUCGGCUAGAUUUCGCACCGACAAUAUCGUCUUCUGACUCAAAAUGUUCGUGCCAAAAGUAUAAAAUUAUUUUACAUUUGUUGGAAUUUUGUUUGUAUACCUGUAGCAAUAUGCACAAUCCUUUCUAAUCCUAGUCAGGUUUGAAAAGUCUGAUGUUCCUAGGCACUCCUCCUGUAAUUGUUAUAUCUGUAAGAACUGAUACCAAUG